AAUCUCAGGAGCAUCCACUGCAUCCCCUGGGCAUGUCAGAAGCCAGGCUUCCAGCAGGCUCCGCCCGAUGCCCUCUGUCCCAUCCCUGCAAGCACUGCGGGGCAGAGUUCCCUCGCUCCUGGGACCUCCGCUACCACAUGCGCUCGCACCCCGAGGGGCGUGGCUUUGGCUGCAAGCUCUGCGGCAAAGCCUUCUUCCGCUCUUCAGCCUUGCUGCGGCACGAAAUCACACACAGCGGAGAGAAGCCCUUCAAAUGUGGCGAGUGCGGCAAGGGCUUUGCCCAGGCAGUGCAGCUGGAGAACCACACCCGCUCCCACACGGGUGAGCGCCCCUUUGCCUGCGGCCAGUGCGGGAAGGCCUUCAUGUCUUCAUCCCACCUUGCCCAGCAUCGGCGCAUCCACUGGGCCGAACGGAAGCACCGCUGCUCUCUGUGCGGCAAGACUUUCCUGCGGCCCUGGGACGUCGCACAGCACCAGCGCUUCCAUACCGGUGAGCGCAACUUCUGUUGCGGGGACUGUGGGAAGAACUUCUUCCGCUCCUCGGACCUCUUGAGGCAUCAGCGCAUCCACACGGGCGAGCGGCCCUUCCGCUGCCACUGCUGCGGCAAGAACUUCUCACGCUCCUCUGUGCUGGCCAAGCACAUGCUCACCCACACGGGCGAGAGGCCUUACAAGUGUGAGACGUGCCAGAAGGCCUACAUCACUGCCUCUCAGCUCACGGAGCACCGGCGCGUGCACACGGGGGAGAAGCCGUACCUCUGUGCGGACUGUGGCAAGACAUUCACCUAUUCCUUCCUCCUCCGUCGUCAUGUCAAAACCCACACUGGGGAACGCCCGUACGUCUGCCCUGAGUGCCCCAAGGCCUUCAAGACCUCAGGGCAUCUACAGAAGCAUCGGCAAAUCCAUGCCCGGAAGGAAGCAGGGGCUGGGGAGGGCUGGCAGAGGCGCAAUGGGGAGGCGGGUUGCGGAGAAGAGUGGUGA